AUGGUUGGGAAGGAGUUCCUGCCAGGGGAGGGGAGUGAGUGUGCCAGGCAGGCAGGUGAAGGCUGCAGGAGCAGCUGUGGACCUGUGGCGAAAACAGCGAGAGCCCUGGACCAGGUGACAGCGUGUGCUGAUGUUUCGCCUCGCCCGCAGAUCUGGUGGCUGGACCCAGAGCUGACCUAUGGCAAUGCCAAGCCUUUCGUCUUCACCCAGGGCCACUCUGUGUGCAACCGCUCCUUCUUCCCGUGCUUCGAUACGCCCGCCGUCAAGUGCACCUACUCAGCCGUUGUCAAGGCCCCGUUAGGGGUACAGGUGCUGAUGAGUGCGACGCGGAGCGUGUACGUGGAGGAGGAAGGCGUCUACCACUUCCACAUGGAGCAUCCUGUACCUGCCUACCUCGUGGCUCUUGUGGCCGGAGACCUCAAGCCAGCAGACAUUGGGCCCAGGAGCCGUGUGUGGGCUGAGCCAUGCCUCCUGCCCACAGCCACCAGCAAGCUAUCGGGUGUUGUGGAACAGUGGCUGAGUGCCGCAGAGCGACUAUACGGGCCUUACAUGUGGGGCAGAUAUGACAUCGUUUUCCUGCCACCCUCCUUCCCCAUCGUUGCCAUGGAGAAUCCGUGCCUCACCUUUAUCAUCUCCUCCAUCCUCGAGAGUGAUGAGUUCCUGGUGAUUGAUGUCAUCCACGAGGUGGCCCACAGCUGGUUCGGCAAUGCUGUCACCAAUGCCACUUGGGAGGAGAUGUGGCUGAGUGAGGGCCUGGCCACCUAUGCACAGCGCCGCAUCACCACAGAGACCUAUGGGGCUGCUUUCACCUGCCUAGAGACAGCCUUUCGCCUGGACGCCCUGCAUAGGCAGAUGCGGCUUCUUGGGGAGGAUAGUCCAGUUAGCAAGUUGCAGGUCAAGCUAGAACCAGGAGUGAACCCCAGCCACCUGAUGAACCUGUUCACCUAUGAGAAGGGCUACUGUUUCGUAUACUACCUGUCCCAGCUCUGUGGAGAUCCCCAGCGCUUUGAUGACUUUCUCCGAGCCUACGUGGAGAAAUACAAAUUCACCAGCGUGGUGGCCCAGGACCUGCUGGAUUCUUUCUUGAGCUUCUUUCCCGAACUGAAGGAGCAGAGUGUGGACUGCCGGGCAGGGCUGGAGUUCGAGCGCUGGCUCAACGCCACAGGCCCACCACUGGCUGAGCCAGACCUGUCUCAGGGGUCCAGCCUAACCAGGCCUGUAGAGGCCCUCUUCCAGCUGUGGACUGCAGAGCCUCUGGAGCAAGCAACAGCUUCAGCCAGCGCCAUUGACAUCUCCAAGUGGAGGACCUUCCAGACAGCACUCUUCCUGGACCGACUGCUAGAUGGAUCCCCGUUGCCCCAGGAGGUGGUGAUGAGCCUGUCCAAAUGCUACUCAUCCCUGCUGGACUCCAUGAAUGCUGAGAUCCGCAUCCGCUGGCUGCAGAUCGUUGUCCGCAAUGACUACUAUCCUGAUCUCCACAGGGUCCGCCGUUUUCUGGAGAACCAGAUGUCGCGCAUGUACACCAUCCCCCUGUACGAGGACCUCUGCACCGGUGCCCUCAAGUCCUUCGCACUAGAGGUCUUCUACCAGACACAGGGCCGGCUACAUCCCAACUUACGCAGAACCAUCCAGCAGAUCCUGUCCCAGGGACUAGGCCCCAGUGCCGAGCCCAGUGCAGAGACCAGCACAGAGUUGGGCAGUGCCGAGGCAGACACGAACCCAGACUCGCCAGCCCUGCUACUCGGGGACGAGGCCCCCAGUAGCACCAUCUCUCUCAGGGACGUCAAUGUGUCUGCCUAGCCUUGGUGACAGACCCUCAACCUCCCAGACACCACGAUUGUGCCUUCUGUGGUCUGGGCCGCCAUGACUGCGCCUUGGCUCUGGCCACGAGCUCUGCCCAGGACCAUAAUCCCCUCCUACUGGCUCCAGGCCGGAGGCUUGGGAAAAGGAUCUUGUGUCCAUUGAGGCCUAUGGACCAGGGCCCACCCUGUCCCUGCUCUCUUGCACUGCGGGUCCCAGGGCUGGCCCAUACCCACCAUGCCUCCUGUCUCAACACUGACAGCCAUGCCUCACCCUGGAAGCCAGCAUCUUCUGAACACUGCCCUGGGGACAGUGACCCCAGCAGUCCCACAGCAACAACCACAAUGUGCCUUACACAUGCCAGAGACCCAGGAUGCAUGGUCCUGGAAGUGUGCUUUCCUGCAGAGCCCUGUGUCUGGCCUCUGGGCUUGACUUGUUUGAGGGACAGUGGACAGAGGGGCAAGGACACAGGCAUUCCAUCAGUGCAGGGGCAGGGAACAGAAGGAGAGGAUGGACCUCUCAAGCAGGUCUCCGUCUCUGCACCUGGAGUCCAGGCCCCAGAGGUACAGGGAAUGGCCUGUCCAUGUGGCUACCUGGGUACCAUUGGUGCUCUCUGUGCCUGCCUGCUCCGAGAGGCACCAGGCUGUGGGCUUCAGCCUGGGACCACUGCAGCAGGAACCACGGUGACUGUCCCAUUAAAUCUCUACUUUGCAGACCUGA